CAGCAACUGCCUGCCAGACGCUGCAGCAGUCUCACACAGGCAAGCCAUGGCUGCAUUGCAGACCUCAGGGAACUCCAGUCCAGGACUGAACUGCUUGUUGAUCGUGAUCUUCAUAGUGCUUCUGCAGUCUGUCUCUGUGGCUGUGACUUACAUCUACUUCACCAAUGAGCUGAAACAGGUGCAGGAGAAGUUGUCCAAAAGUGGCAUUGCUUGCUUAUUAAAGGAAGAUGAUGGUUCCUGGGACCCCUAUGAUGAUGACAGCAUAAACAACCCCUGCUGGCAUAUAAGGUGGCAACUACGGCAGUUAGUGAGAAAGAUGGUUUUGAGAACCUAUGAGGAAACCAUUUCUACAGCUCCAGAAAGUCAACAGGAUGGUCCUUCGCUAAUAAGAAGAAGAGAACUUCAGAGAGUAGCGGCUCACAUAACAGGGGGCAAACAGAGAAGAACCACACCCCCAGUGCCAAACUCCAAGAAUGAAAAUGUUUUCGGCCAUAAAAUAACCUCCUGGGAAGCAUCAAGAAAAGGACAUUCAUUUUUGAAUAAUAUGCACAUGAGGAAUGGAGAGCUAAUUAUCGAUCAAACAGGGUUUUAUUAUAUUUAUUCCCAAACAUACUUCCGCUUUCAGGAACCUGAGGAUGUUUCAACAGUAGGGCACAGAAGGAAAAACAAACAGAUGGUGCAGUAUAUUUACAAAUUCACAACGUACAAUGACCCUAUACUGCUGAUGAAAAGUGCUAGGAAUAGUUGUUGGUCUAAAGAUUCAGAAUAUGGACUCUAUUCCAUCUAUCAAGGUGGAAUAUUUGAACUUAAGGAAAACGACAAAAUUUUUGUAUCUGUCACUAAUCAAGAAUUGAUGGACAUGGACCAAGAAGCCAGCUUUUUCGGGGCCUUUUUAAUUGGCUAGAUGAUCUGCAAAGAAAAAGAACAACAGUGCUCUCAAGGUAACCUUUCACUUCAGGGUGAUAUUCCACUACAGCUGACAAAGCAGGGCAGCCUGAGCAGGGCAGCCACAACGAAAAGCUCUUCAACACAUGUGUUUUUAAUAUCUCUGAAAAGUGAUCAUCUUAUUAC